GCUUUCAUCCCACAUAAAAAGAAACCAACAAAAGCUAGCAGAUAACUUUUGUUUCAAGUUUCAAGUUUCAACUUUCAUAUCAAAAAUUGAGAAGGAUGCUAACAUGGCUAGGAAAAAUAAUGAUGCCGAAUCUUUGCAAUCUACUGAUGAGCUCAAGCGCCAGAAGAUAAUCAAAUUAGCUACGUACAUUGGUAUUUUCAUUGUGUUUCAGAUAAUCGUCAUAACAGUAAUUAGUCUCACUAUAAUGAAAGUUAAGACCCCAAAGGUCAGGCUAGGCAACAUCAAUGUCCAAGCCCUCAACUCCGUACUAGCAACAUCUUCAUUCGACGCUAAAUUCACAACCCAACUCAGAGUCAAGAACACAAAUUGGGGUCCAUACAAGUUUGAUGCAGGCACUGUCACGUUUUUGUACCAAAGAGUGGAUGUCAGGCAAGUUUUUAUUCCUAAGAGCAAGGCUGGAAUGCUUUCCACCAAAAAGAUUGAUGUUGAGGUGAGUUUGAAUUUGAAUGCAUUGCCAAGCCGUUCCGUUCUUGGAACUAAAUUGAGCAGAUGGGUUCUUACACUAAGCAACCAAACUAUACUGACUGGAAAAGUAGAACUGAUGUUUAUCAUGAAAAAAAAGAAAUCUGCCAUCAUAGACUACACCAUGACAUUUGAUUUGUCAGCAAAGACGAUCUAAACUUUACACUGCGCAGGAGGAAGAAUUGCGGUAAAGAGGA